CUGUGGUUGGUCAAGACUGCAGCUGUGGAAAUCCUCUCCAGAAUCACAACAGAUCUUCUUUUGUUAUGUACUAUAUCAAAGCUUUGGAGUAGUUCAUUUUCAAAAUGGGGACAUUUAUUCAUGUCUUUCUGAGUUUUUGCACAUUGCAUCUCUUCGUCAACUUUAGCACGACUGUGGAUGCAUCCAGGACACCAUGGACAAAUCCUAAUGCCAGGAAGGCCAGAUCUGUGAACACACCAGUGCCCAUCGAGUGUAAAAUGGGGCCUUGGUCAUCUUGGACACAAUGUAACUCCUGUACAGACAAAGCGUUUCGUUACCGACUCUUAGAGAAACCCUCACAGUUUGGUGGGUCGCAGUGUGUCCACACAUUGUGGGACAGUCUGGUCUGCCCAAGAGCAACCACACAGUGUAUGGUGCCUGAUUAUUGUGGCGAGAGCUUCACCUGUGCAAAUUCAGGGCGCUGCAUCAGCCAGUCCCUUAAAUGUAAUGGAGAAAAUGACUGUGGUGAUUUUUCUGAUGAAGAUGCAUGUACAAGUUUUAACCGAAGACAGGACAAGUGUGCCACCCUCCUUACAAUUCCUGGUGCUAAACGUGGCACACAAGGCUACAACAUCCUAACUGGAGACUUUGCGAAUCAAGUACUUGACCCGGAGUACUUUGGAGGAAUGUGUGACUAUGUCUAUAAUGGUGAAUGGAGAAAAUUCCAGUAUGAUGCAUUCUGUGACAGCCUGCACUACAACGAUGAAGUGAAAAAUUACCGGAAGCCUUAUAAUUACCACAACUACCGUUUUGUGGCUGAAGCUACAACAGAGGGCUCCCAUGAAUAUUUUGAAGAUAUGGAAAGCAUGCUGAAAGCCAGGAAAACUUUUUCAUCUGUCAAUGCUGGGGUCACUGUUGGGGUUUAUUAUGUGGAAGCUGGACUGAGCGGCAGCAGCGAAUCAGAGUUUCUGAAGAAUGUAACAAAGUAUGAAAAUAAGGAGCUUGGGUUUGUCAGGCUUUGGUCCAAAGUGCAAACCGCCCACUUCAAGAUGAGAAGUAGUGAUCUGAUGCUUCAUGACGAUUUUUAUUUUGCACUCAUGGAUCUUCCUGAGCAAUAUGACUUUGGGAUGUACUCCAACUUCUUGAAAACGUUUGGGACCCACUAUGUCACAGAGGGAGUCAUGGGCGGAAACCUGGAAUAUGUGUUUGUUUUAAACAAAACAACGAUGGCGACAUCAAAUGUCGACUCUGAAAGGACUGAGCUGUGCAUUGGUGCGUCUUUGGGUAUAAGUUAUCCAGUUACCAAUGAAAUAACAGUCGGAGGAAAGAUAAAAGCAAAAGGAUGUGGGGAGACAUUUGAGUCCGUCAGAAGCAACUCUUCCAGUUCUUCUGUAGUUGAGGAUGUUAUCACGUCAGUGAAGGGGGGAGUCACAGAGACCAGUGCUGGCCUAUUGGUCAUCAGGGACACGGACACAUACCGGAAAUGGGGAGCAUCUCUUAAAUACCACCCUGCACUGAUUGAUUUUGAGCUCAUGCCGAUAUAUGAGCUUGUUCGCUUCAGCACAGCUGCUGGCCAUGCAGGGGCGAGGGUGACCAACUUGGAGAGGGCCUUGGAUGAGUAUUUGCAGCAGUUUGACCCGUGUCGCUGCUCCCCCUGCAGGCACAACGGGAUGCCUGUCCUUGCAGGCACCUCCUGUAAGUGCCUCUGUAAGUCAGGCUUUCAGGGAAAGGCCUGUGAGAGGACACUCAGAAGAGAUGCCAAGACUGACGGGUUGUGGUCCUGCUGGGGGACGUGGUCUUCCUGCACAACAGGGAGGAAGACUAGGUCAAGGUCCUGUAAUAAUCCUGCACCAGAUGGAGGUGGAGCAUUCUGCCUGGGCUCCUCCACUCAAACUCGGCACUGCUAAAAAAGAUUUUUUUUUCUGCGAGCUGAAGAUGGGGUUGGGAGCAGAGCGAGCACAAAAACUCUUCUGCAAGAGCCACCAGCUAUAAAAUGUAGCUUUACAGAUCACGUCAGAAUGAGAAAUAAACCUGUGUUCUGUC